AUGGAAUUCGUGUGCUGGCUCUGGACAUAUGAUAAAAGAUGGAUGUUCGAUAAGGCUGUAGAUUAAAUGGAAAAGAUAUGGAUUGUUCCUUUGAUUGCCAAUAUUUUGCUUUUGGGAAUGAUUAUUAACUCUCUAUAUAUAGAUGAACUUGUUAACGACCCUUGCAUUUUAAAGCAUGGGUACAAAUUUUGGCUGCAAAUACAAUCAGUGAUCUUGUGCGUAUCUUGCAUUAAUAUAAUUAUCUUGUACUUUAAGAUCAUUUAGAUUGAGAAAAAGAAAGAAAGACAGCUCGAGACCCUAAACGCCAAGUCAAGAAUCAGCCCUAAAAAAUUUGGUUAUUGGUAAAAAAAUUAUCUAUACCCAUGGAUUCGCUAAAAGGGAUUACUUUCAGGCGCUGGAUUUAGUGUGUUGAUACUAGGCUUACUAAAUUUAGUUUGGGUUGUUACUGGAUUUAGAAGAUACUAUUAUAACCACUCUUACACAUGCGCAAGAAGCUUUUAAAAUACUCUUUAUGCCAAUAUUAUAAUUCCUUUAGUAGCUCUUAUUCCUUUUAUAUUUACAUUAAUUACAAGCUUCCUGAUUAAGGUUCUGUCUUUAAUAUUCUCAUGGCUUAUGCCCGAAAUUUUUAUUAGACUUAAGAAGAGCAUGUGA